AUGCCCUCCCUUAAGCGCGAUAUAUCCGCCUCUCCCUCUCCUACCUCCUCCUUCUCGGAGCGUACGGAGUUAUUCGUCGACGCUGCGCUAGCCGCGGCCGACGACGACUCCGCCGCUACCGCCGCUCUUGCCCGCGCCGUUACUACCGCUCCUACCGCCGCCGCCGCCGCCUCUACUACGCUAUUCGCUCUUACGUCGCCCCUUAGGGUAACGACGCCGUCCCCGCCGCUACCUAUAACGCCCGGCCCCUCGGCCCCCGCCUCCGUCUCCGUUACCCCCUAUAAGCGCUAA